ACACAAUGGAAUAAAAUUUAAACAAACAGAGCUUUUUCCAUACACUUUUGUUCUCUGAAGACCAGCUGUCAAGUUUCAAGUGUCAGCUGCCAGAAUUUCGUAAAUAGAGAAGGUUAUGUGAUCAAAAUUGCAAAAUUGUUCCAAAGCUCCUCCAUUGAUAAAAUGAGUUUCCCAACAAAAGACGAACGAGCAAAAUGCUGGAAGGCUCGUGAUGAUUUCUGGGCAUGCCUAGAUGCUCAUGCACCCGGUCAUCAGUCCACAAGUGGUGAAGCUGUUCCCAAAAUAUGUGCCGACUUAAGAAAAUUAUAUGAAAGCUCAUGUCCAUCACAAUGGGUCAAACAUUUCGAUCGUAAAAGAACCUACGAACAAUUCAAGGAAAAAGUUAAACAAGGUUUUGAUCCACUAGAACACAAGGAAAAAGCCAAAUAAAGUUCAAAGUUCUGUAGUUUAAGUUAUUUAAAACACAUUAAAAUUGUUAUUAAAAUGGUUUAAUAAAUAGAAAAGAGUUUUAUCUAA